AUGCUUGUGUUCACCGCAAGACCAACUCUAAAGUACGAGCUGGAGUUUGUCAACUACCUCAAAGAACUAUUUGAUGGGAUCGUUUCCCUCCUAACAAAAGAAAGCGAAGAAGUUAUUGCUGACGAUGCUCGGAGUUGUGAAGAGACUGAAAAUGGAGUGGAUAUUUGCUUAGAGCCGACUUCGAAGUCAGAAGCUGUUUCCUGCUGA